UCCCAAUAAAAAAAAAAAUAUUAUUUUAUUUUCAGGUACCAGUUUUUCUUUUUCCUAUUGAAUUUCCGCCUUUUUCCUUUUCCUUUUCUUCUUAUUGCAUAAACGCGUCUAUGGACCAAAAUACUGUAUAUCAGCUCUUUGUAUCCACAUAUCACCCAGAUCCAAAUGUUCAUAGACAAGCAGAACUAAAUAUAAAAAAUGUUGAAACACACGUUGGUUUCUUACCUUUGGUGCUUCAAAUACAAGCUUCUGAAGAGCUUGAAUUAGGUGCACGUCAAGCAGCUGCUAUUUAUUUCAAAAAUCGUAUUUCAAAAGCAUGGAGUGGAUCCAAAGAGAUGAGUUUAGAUGAACAGGAUAAAUCAAUGAUUAGAGCCAAUAUUAUUUAUACACUUGUCACUGCUCCUGUAGCUGUAAAAGUACAACUGGCUGCUUCCUUGAAUACCAUUCUCAGCUAUGAUUUUCCCGGAAAUUGGCCAACAUUUAUAAACCAGCUUGAGCAGUUUUUGACAUCAGAAGACAUUCGUGUUAUACAUACUGGAUUGAUUGCAUUACAAGAAGUUGUCAAAGUGUUUCAAUGGAAAUCAGUCGAAAGAAGAGAACCUUUACGGCAGAUCAUUCAACUGACAUUUCCUGCUAUUCAUGCCAUUUGCAAUAAGCUCAUUCAAACAGACAGUGAUGAUGCUGCAGAACUAUUAAAGCUAGCACUUAAAACAUACCAUUCAAGCAUUCAAGUUGAAUUACCCAAGUGUUUACAAGAUCAUGCUUCUCUAGUACCAUGGGCCACUCUUUUUCUCCAAUUAGUUGACAAAAAGAUCCCUUAUCAAGCCUUACCUGCCAAUCGUGAACAAUACAUUUGGGUCAAAGCAAAGAAGUGGGCAUAUCAUUGUCUUAACCGUUUGUUUGGAAAGUACGGUAAUCCUGCUCUACUUCCUUCUAGUCUUACAAAAUACACUGGAUUUGCCAAGAUAUUUAUUGCUCAGUUUGCACCCAACAUCUUACAGACUUAUUUACAUCAAAUUGAUGGCUGGAUCAAAGGAGAAUACUGGAUCUCAAACAAAUGUUUAGCUCUCUCUGCUGCGUUUUUUGAUGAGAGUAUCAAACAUAAAAUUACAUGGAAGAUUAUUAAGCCAUACACAGAUAUUUUGAUUGCUCAAUUCUUGUUUCCGCAGCUUUGUUUCUCUAUGGAAGAUGAACAGCUGUGGACUGAGGAUGCAGUAGAAUAUGUUCACAAGCGAAUUGAUCCUCUCGAGGACUUUCAUGCCACACAAGAUAAUGCGAUUGCACUCUUGGUUAAUUUAGCCAGAAAUCGUAAAGAACACACAUUUAUGCCUAUCCUGCGAUUUGUCAAUGACGUACUUACUCGAUAUAUGGAAACGCCUGAGGAUCAAAAAAAUGGACGUGAUAAAGAUAGUGCUUUAUGUAUGAUGGGUGCUUUGUCUCUUAUGAUUAUGCAGGAUGAGGAUGAAUCAAAUAUGUCAGAUAGAAUGGAGGAUUUCUUUGUAACACAUGUGUUUCCUGAAUUUAAGAGUCGAUUUCCUUAUUUACGUGCAAGAGCAUGCGAUGUGACAAGACACUUUAGCAACUUGGAAUUUACGAGCGAGCAGAACCUUGGUGUCUUGUAUCAACAUGUCUUGGACUGCCUUCGUGAUUCUGAACUUCCUGUAAGAGUACAAGCAGCACUUGCUUUACAGACCAUGAUUCAAUACGAAGUUGUUCAACAAGUUAUGGCCCCACAUCUUCCUUUCAUUAUGCAAGAGCUACUGAACUUGACAAAUGAGAUUGACAUUGACACUUUAGCCAUUGUUAUGGAAGAAUUUGUUCGUGUGUUUGCAGAACAACUAACUCCUUUUGCUGUUCAGCUCUGCAGUCAAUUACGAGAUACCUUUCUGCGCAUCAUGGAGGAAAUUGUACAUACAUACCGUCAGCAAAAUGAAAACGAAUUGGUUGAACAAGAUAAAAAUACAGAUGAAGCAAAUGACAAAAUCAUGGCAGCCAUGGGUGUCUUGAAGACUAUAGGCGCAUUGAUUUUGAGUCUAGAGAGCACGCCAGAUAUGUUUCAACAAAUCGAACAUGAAUUAUUACCCGUCAUUCAAUAUACAUUCGAGAAUCGUGUAGUUGAUUUGUACGACGAGGUGUUUGAAAUCAUUGAUUCUUGUGUCUAUUCAUCCAAACGUGUCUCGUCUACAAUGUGGCAUGCCUUUGAACUGAUGUAUCGUGAAUUCAAAGAUACGGGCGUUAGUUUUAUGUGUGAAAUGGUAUCUGCUUUGGAUAACUUUAUUGCUUAUGGUCGAGAUAUGUUCAUUGGAAAUGACCAGUUGAAGCAGAUGAUGUUUGAAAUGAUUGAUUUUGUUAUGAAGAGCGAGCUUGCAUCAGAAGAAGAUUAUGUAUGCGCUUGUAAAUUGAUGGAAUCUAUCUUGCUUCAUUGCAGAGGAUCUGUUGAUAUGUGUAUUGCACCCUUUUUAGACCUUUCAUUUCGAUACAUUUCAGCAGGCCAAAUGGAAACCAUUGAAUUUAAAGUACAUUGUCUUGAAGUGGUGAUCAACUGCCUGUAUUACAAUCCAUUAUUGACAUUGGGUAUUCUUGAAGAACACCAAUGGACUCAAGGCUUCUUUUCACUUUGGCUCUCUACAUUAGAUAAGUUCUCAAGAGUACAUGACAAAAAGCUAGUUAUACUUGCACUCUGCUCUUUAUUGGCAUUGCCUACUGAUCGUAUUCCAAUGUCAUUGCAAUCUGGAUGGUCGCAAAUUUUGACGAGUAUUUCUCAUGUUUUUGAAAGUUUGCCAAAGGCUGUUGAAAACCGUGAGCAAAUGGAACAAUCUUAUAAUCAAGAGCGUGAAGGAGAGGGAGAAGAAGAAGAGGAAGAGGGAGAGGAAGAUGAAGAAAAUGAUGAUGACGAAGAAGAGGAAGAGGAAGAGGAGGAGGAGGAAGAAGAAGAAGAGGAAGAAGAAAGCGAAGAAGAGAAAGAAGAAGAAGCUGACCAAGAUACUGAGGAUAAUGAUGAAGACGGUAAUAUCCAAGAUGAAGACACAGAGUAUUUAGAGUAUUUGGCACAACAAGUAGCCGAUAAAGACAAGCAAGAAGAAAAUAUCGCUGAUGAGAACGAGGAUGAUGAUGAAAUUGCUGAAGAAAUUUUCUUUGAGUCUCCAUUAGAUGAUAUUGAUCCCUAUAUUUGCUUUGAACAAGUCUUUAGAGAUCUACAACAACAUCGUCCUGAUUUGUAUUCUCAUUUAACCAAAGAUUUGGGUUUAAAGCAUCAAAACAAUAUUAUGGAGGCUUUGUCAACUGCUGAAAAGAAUCGCAAUCGCUUGUCAACUAUGUAGUUUGAUGUUAUAAAGUUCUGAAGAUAGAGUUUUUAUUUGAAACUAGACGAUAUUGGCUAUCAUAAGAUGCUUGUCAGAGGCUAUAGAAUACACUAAAGAUAUUGAAUUAAAAUAAGAGGCAAUAAUCGCAUGCUAAGUAUAAGGAUAUUCAUAAUCCUCGCCUAAUAUGAUCAAUGUAAGCCACAUAAAUAUCCUAUACAUUAUUUGAAAGCCCAAUGUUUAAAGAAUACACGUUGUAACCAGACUCGUUGAUAAAUACUUAUAUUUCUAUAAAGUAUAAUUAUCAUAAACUAUCUUCUUUCAUUUG